AUGGAGCUUGUGGACAUGUGCCUGCUGGCAGCCUCCUUGCCACUGCUGUGCUCCUUUGUUCUUUGUCAAGGCUUCCAGGGCGUUAACCAAGUCCAACAAGGACAAAGAAACCACACUGCAGAACCUGUAAUAGAUGACUAUAAAAAGAUGGGGACUCUCUUUGGUGAACUAAACAAAAGCCUCAUCAGAAUAGGCUUCACAAGGAUGUACUUUGGAGAACGGAUAGUAGAACCUGUAAUAAUUAUAUUCUUCUGGGUCAUGCUCUGGUUUCUUGGCCUACAAGCUCUUGGACUGGUUGCUGUGCUGUGCCUUGUCAUUAUUUAUGUACAACAGUGA